CACAAUUCUUGAUUCAGCAGCGCGAUGAUGGUGACCUCGCGGUGAGGGAGGCGCGCAGAUGUAUGCGCACGUAUACAGCAGCACAGCAUGUACCUGCCUCCUCCACAGCAGGCGCAGACGUGCUGAAUCACGAGUCGCGCGAUCGGGUGGGUCCUCGUCGCCCCCCUGAUUAGCAUCGAUCGUCCUCGCAUUUUGACUUCUCUUGACCACAUCCGCACGACCCGCUCCAUCAACGAUCUCAUUGCGCACAUCAACCCUCGUUCGGUCCUCACAUCCCGAUCCACCUCGUUAUCUUCCAGCUACAUCCACCAGGCAUCUUGAAGGCCAAACGAAAGACUCUCUCGCUUAUACACUCCGCCCGCAGCAUGGCCAAGAUGAGCGCAGGGCCGAGCUCAGCUCGACAAUCACCCUCUGAAGGGCUAGACGCUAGCGAAGUGAUAGAGACUCACAAUUACGCCGAGACGCCACGACCAUUCAAGAACGUCUCGGCUCGGGCGCGAGCUCGGAAUAAGAAUCUCAAACAGAUAUUGGCAGCAGAGAGGGAUCUGUUGUUGGGCAUUGCUCCCGGAACGAACAAGAAGGGUGCUUCUGGCACAUCGGCAGGUGCGGCAAAGGAAGAGGUGCAACCUGUUCGGAUCGUGGGAAAGGAUGGCAAGAUCAAGAUGCUGGGUGGGGCUGCUGCGAAAAGGAAGAGGGAGAGGGAUGCCAAGUUGCUUCAGAGGGCUUCGGAGAUGGAAGGUACGCCAGAUGUGGCCGAGGGCGAAGGUGCCGAGGACGAGCAAGGGGGUGAUGUCUCCAUGGCCAAAUCGGUGGGCAACGAGACGCUGGGAGAGACGAGCAAAGGCGGUGCGGAAGUGGUUGCGAAAGUGGAAGAGGUGGUGGAUCACGAAGCUAUAGCAGCACAGGCGAGAGCCGAGGCAAAAUUGGCCAGGAGGAGAGAAUUGCCGAGCUACUUUAGCGUAGAAGCUCCUCCUUCUCUCAGGCCAAGGAAGAAAAUGUGCGACAUUACGGGACUGCCAGCACCGUACACGGAUCCAAAGUCUGGCUUGAGGUAUCACAGCGUGGAGAUUUACAAGCUCAUCAAGACUUUUGGACCUGGUGUCGAUCAGGCCUACCUCUCGUUGAGGGGAGACGCUUCAGCCAUCAAGUAGGCGCUGGCAUCUCAGUCAUGGGCAUCUCUGAACCGCAAUCACUCAUAACGAUUGCCCAUGCAGGCAGCGCUAGUGUCAUGUAUCAGCAAGAGCCUUACCGCCGUGCCCCUCCAUUCUUACUGUUGUCACUCGCGCAAAGCCUCUGGUGCUGAUCACAAUUCACGGUGCCUUCAGUCAAAGCAAUUCAGACAGUGAGAUUUCUAUGCGGUGAAUCUUGAACAUGGACUGUAGCAACAAAUCUAGAGGGGUGGCUUACAGAGGGGAGUCAU